GUUUCUUCCUGUUAGAAACCAGUUUUUUUAACGUCCCAUUUUAUUGUUUAAAGAAGGAAAACUUUAGAGAGCACCCUGUUGCUUGCCUUUGUGCUCAUACACUGAACGCACAUAACGAAGGAGUGAAGUCCAGAUGAAUUUGUUUAACUGUUUUUUUUUUUUCGUCGGCUGACGGGAGGUGGAGCUUCUGGCAAAGUAUUCUCUUUCAAAACUUUUUCCACCUCCCCGCUGAAGUUCGCAGCACACUUCAUCUUCACAUUCGUAGUGCCUACCGCUUGCCUGGAGGGCUGUCAUCACGCUUAAUGUUCGAAAGCUAAAGGACUACAUUUUAAACACAUUUUUCUUAUUAUGUCUGUUCUUUUCCCGUGAGCGUGUGUCUGCGUAUGACUGUCGGCCGUAGUUCGCGGAUAUUGCAGAGCGAUCCCAAAGUGGUCAGACCAAGGGGAGUAAAACGUCAGCAUCACAAUGAAAGCUAUUAACCUGGACACCUACAGCCUGUCACUGCUCACGGCCAAAGAGGACAUUCUCAACCCCCGCUCGUCAACCAACUGGGCUCUGUUUAACUAUGAUGGGGCCACCAACAACCUCAAGCUCUCCGACUCUGGAGCGGGCGGCCUGUCGGAGUUGGCGGAGAAGUUUCACGAGAGCAGGCCCCUGUACGGGCUGUGCCGGAUGGCGCCGCUGGAGUCGGGGCAGCGGCGCAUCGUCUUGAUCGCCUGGGUGGGGGAAGGGGUGGGAGAACAGCGCAGAGAGGAGUGCAUCAGUCACAUCCCCGCCAUCAAGGCCUUCUUCAAGGAGGCCAAUGCUUUUAUCACCGCUAACUGCCUGGAUGAUGUGGCGGAGGAGAGAAUUAACAUCAUCAUUAGCAAGACGGGAGCCCCGCCAGAGAGAAUCAAGAGGAGCCCUCGGGCUGUGGAUAAGGAGGAGACUGUGGGAACGAACUACAGGAAGACAAACGCUGCCAUGGAGAUGCACAGAAUCAACAGAGAGUCCUUCUGGGCACGUGCAGAGCGCGAGGAAGAGGAGAGGAAAGAGGAAGAGCGUCGGCGGGCUGCGGAGGACAGGCGGAGGCUGGAGAAGGAGAGGGUUCUGCAGGAGCGCAGGGAGGCGGAGGAGAGGGACAGGAAGAUGGAGGAGAAACUGCAGAUGAUAGAGGAGCAGAGGAGACUGCAGGCCAAGCAGGAUGCUGAGAUGCGGAAGCAAGAGAAAUCCAAAUGGGAGCAGCAGCAGAGGGAGCACGAGGAAGACAUGAGAGCCCGUUUCAGACGCAGCGAGUCCAUCGAGAAAGCAGCAGAGGCAGCAGCGCUCGUGUCUCAGCGUUCCAUGAAUCCGCGAGAGUUCUUCAGACAGCUGUCCUCAUCAUCAAUGAGCUCCACCAGCCCAGGCUCUCCACGCACAGUCAAGCCCCCGUUCCGCCGCUACCAGCGCAGUUUGACGGACACGGCCUUCAUCUUUGGGAGGGCCGACACCCCGAGCUCCCCCCGCAGCCCCCCCUUGGGUUCCCCCUUCAGCCGCACCCCCACGUCCCCCUUCCCGAGACCCAUGUCCCCCAACAGCCCCGCGUUCUUCCCCUCCAACUCCACCCAGCGCUCCCCCCCAAGCUCGUCCCUGCCCAAACCCCCCCGUCCCACACCGGCCCAGCCUGACAGCCCGACUCGGCCUGCUGCUCCCUCUCAGCCCCUCCCCCUGUCCCCUGCUGCCCCGCCUACAGUGGCCCCCGCCUCUCCAGACCCCCGUGCCAGCCUGGACUCGCCCUCCCUGCGGGGGGCGCCCACUGCACCCCUCCCUGAUGCACCAGCGGUAUCGUCAUUGGAACGAAGUGACGUGUACGUGGCCACCCGCAUGCUGAGCGACCUGGAACCAGAGGCCGACCUGACGGUACAGGCCCUGCUGGUGGACACCAGUAUCGCCCCCGUUGCUGAGGAAGAGGAGGAGGAGGAGGAGGAAGAGGAGGCCAGACCCUCGGAGAGGAAGGCAACAGUGGAAGUCCUGCCAGACAAAGCGGAGGUGGAGACAUCUGCACUUGCCUCCCCUCUGCCAAACUCAGAGACCGAGCCUGUGGAGGGGACGGUCAAUGCUGUCCUCGUCAUGGCAACAGAGGCGCCCGACGAGGCCGAGCCUGGACAAGAGGAGGAGCCGACGGUGGAUGACGCGGAGGAGGCGGGAAGGCCUGGGUCUGAACCGGCCUUCUGUGCUCCAGCUGUGGCACCUGCCCUGGUGGAGCAAGCUGAAGAGGAGGAGGAGCCUGAAGCUGUCAGUCAUCCAGACCCAGAGCCUAUCAGAACAGAGGAGGCUACUGAUGCAGUGGACGCCAACCGACCCACGCCGCACGAGGAAGCCGUCCAUCCAGCCAAUGGGAUGAACGGUGGUGAGGAUAUCAUCGAGACCGCAGAACGGAACGGCACAGAACGGUCCGUUAGUCCCUCUGAAAAAGCCCUGUCGCCCCGUGUCCCGAGGCAUGAUGGGACGGGAGAUGACAUCAUCACCGAGAACACAGAGAAUGGGGAAGAGGUCUCUCUAGAUGGGCAGUUGUGUGUGCGGGCUCUCUAUGACUACCAAGCUGGGGACGAAUCAGAGCUCUCCCUGGAGCCUGGUGACAUCAUCAGCGACGUGGAGGCCGUGGACAAAGCCUGGUGGAGGGGCUGCAGCAAAGAUGGCCGCCAAGGGCUCUUCCCAGCGAAUUACGUGGAGACCAUCUAAGAGAGAGUAUCACGGGGCUCCUGCAAUGCUCUUACAGGCAGACAGACACACACACACACACACACACACACAACACAUACAUAAACACACACGCGAAUGCACACACAUACACAUGCACACACACACAUACUUUCUCUCUCUUCCUCAGGGACUAGGAACAGUGGUGAGACCAUACUAUAGACUGACCAACACUAAGGUGUUCUGCAUUCAAGAUUUCAGACCAGCCAUAACACCCACCAACCUACCAGAUCCCGUGUUAAAGAUGCACAUAUUUCAGGACACUAUGAAAAUGGUGUAGCUAUGGCAUCCAGAGGGGACUACGACAUUCCAGCGCUCUUCUGAUUGGUGCUGAACACACUCCUGGCCUCUAAGGGUCUAGCUUGUGGACUGGGUGAAGUAAUGGCAAAACAGCUCGCAUCAUCUGAGAUCACUUUUUGGGGUAUGACAUCAGAGCAAGGUCAUAAUUUUUCCUAUCCUCAUAUGAAGCCAAAAUUAUUCUAUUCUGAGAAUUAGGCUUUGCAGAGACGCAGCAACAGGCAUGCUGCUUCACAACAGUCCAGCAGACAGAGGCAUUUGACUGGUCACUCCCAGCCAAUGGGAUGAUGCCGUGGAACACUUUGAGUAAAACAGUGAUGACGUCGCUGCAGUUAUGCUGCAGUCUCUCUCCCUUUUCCUCCUGCAUCAAUGCAGAGAAAUGUAUCUGCAGUACAUGCAGAUGCCGCAUGCAGGAGGUCAGAGGUCACAACAAGCUCAGAUGCUGCUCAUCUGAUACAUGUCCACAGACAAUGAGUCUCGAAGAGGGGUUGGAUACCAUAUUAGUUAUCAUUUUGGUCAUGGUGAUAUUGUUCUUCCCUGGGCUAAUUUUAGUAUACCUUUUCUUUUUUAUUUGUUUAAGAUUGUUAUAAUGAAUUCCCUCUGUUCUGAAUAUGCUGUAGCUGUCUUUAUGCUGCCGUGGCUUGUCUUUCUAGUCUGUCUUCCUGUUCCAAUAAUUCUCCAUCAUUCUUGUUCGUGUGUCUAUUCUGAAAUGUGCACUAACAAGGUGAUCAGCUUAUUUCACAUGCAAGGAGGGCAGCUUGGGAAAUAUGACCGCCCCAAAGCCGAGAAGAAUAUCUAUCAAAAUAUGCAUGCAUUUGCCAUCAGCGUUUUGUUGGAUUACCUAUCUAGUUCAGUCUGUUAAAAUUGUUAUUUGGCUUGGUUGACAUGGUUAUUUGGCUUGGUUGACAUCCUUUUGAGAUGACAUCAUUAAUCAUAACUUGGCAUUGUAAGCUAUGAUCAGGUCUUUCUACUCAAUGUCUAAAUUUAGAAUGAUGUGCCUAUCUGAAGAAUGUGUGUUUGGUAGUUUGCGGUUCUCCAUGCACACGAUACAUAUUCUUGCUAUACAAACUUGGGCGUGUUUGUUUGGGCUAAUUUAUACAGUACUGUAAACUGUUUUGCUCUGCAGGAAAUUGUAUUACUUUUCAUUUGCUUGCUGCAUACUUAGCUAAUCUGUGUGUAUGUCACAUCUACAGAUGAAACGGUUUGUUCACUUUCUGAUUUCAGAUUCAUUUUAUUAUAAUAAUAAUACUAAUAAUACUACUAAUAAUAAUAAUAAUAAUAACUUUAUUUAUAUAGCACUUAUCAAUACAUAAGUGCAAAGUGUUGUACAAUAAAAAUUAAAAUUAAAAAAAGCAAUUAAAUACAUGAAUUAAUAGCAAGUCUCAAAUAAUGAGUGAUUUAAAUGAGGACACAGACUUCGCAAGUCUAAUCUCCUUAGGCUGGUCAUACCAAUAUCUAGAGGCCCUGGCAAAAAAGGCCCAGUCACCCAAGUCUUGCGCCGAGACAGUGGAACAGCCAGGAGAGCUCUACCUGAGGAUCUCGGACUGUGUUUAGGUGUGAAAGGGUCAGUACUGUAGCAGGACCACAGCAUCCUUUAAAAGUGAUCAAUAGAAUCUUUAAAUGAAUCCUGAAUUGUACAAAAACACGUUUUCGUAUCGUGGCAGGACUUCUUUCCUUCCUGCAAGCAGUGCAAGUGCUCUUCAGUCCCCUUUACUGCCCAGCCAUGACUUUCUUGAACACACGUUGUGCAGCCAUAAGAAACAGUUCCAACUGAAAUGCCACUGUACAAGCUGCUUGACUUGAAGUGUAUUUUCUCAUUUUAGACCACAAAUCCAUCAAUGCCCUGAUGCCCACGAUUGUAAAGUCAGCAGAUCACCAAAAACUAGUGAAAGUAUCUAAAAUAUGCUUGAUCACACACAAAAACCUUAAUAAAAUGUACAUAUAAACUGCAGUUAUAUCAACAAACUCCAGAAAGUGAACUAUCCUAUUAUCCUCUUGUUAUAUGUUGUCUUCUGUUGGCAACGUGUUAUAGUAAAGGCAUGUUUUAUGAAACACGGCUGUAAAUGUAAAGAGAUUUUUUGCAGUUCAAAUGUGGUAUUCAUCUGGGGAAUGCUGAUUCUGUUAGUAAUAAAUUAAAAAGCCUUCUUAUUGUAAUUACAAAGAGUAGCACCACACCGCCCCUGCAUAAAGAUUGAUGCAUUUUGUUUUUCAAGCAGAAAACUUUGGUAAUCCUUAACAUGUUUACAUUUCUUUAGAGAGGACAUUGAGAGAACUUCUUGAGAGAACACAUUACCUUAUUCUUCAUGAACUGAGGAUCGCAAACAGGAAACUUGUUUGAGGAAACUUGUUUUUAACGUGUUCAUAGUUCCAGUCAUUGUUUGAUAUUUUCUCAGCCGAGACCCGCCCUAGUUAGUUUGUAGCAGGAUUUUUUUUGUUGUUGUUGAAAUAUUUAAGUGAUUCCAAAAUUAAAGAAUACAUAAUUGACAUUGCCUUGGGGAGCUGCCUAAUUUCUUAGCUCUGUAGCCAUUGGAAGGAUUAGGGUACAUGCUCUGUCGGAGGGGGGGAGGGGGGGAGGGGGCAGUGCACUGAGAAGCACCGCUGCAGCAUGCAUCAUGGAUCCAAACGCCUUUUCUUCUUCCUUCACCAUAAAACCAAUAGUUUAUUGUCAACAACAGCCUCUGCCCUCAUGCCGUAUUGGUGUGUGUGUGUGCGUGUGUGUGCGUGCAUGAGUGUGUGCGUGCACGCGUGUGUGCGCGUGCGUGCGUAGGGAAUGCUGCGAAUCUUAGUAUCCUGAAAUUAAUUUGCUUCGCAUAAAACAACUACGCAAAUUAAUUUUAUCUCAGAAGUUGCCUGAAUGUGAAGACCGUUAUAGCCGUUAAUGCGAUGUGUGGGCAUGCAAAUCCCAGUAAGUGGCCUUUUAAGUGCUUUCUAGGUCAGUGUUCCCUCUCGUGAAAAAUGAAUUGCCUUUGCUCUGUGCGCGAGGGCUCCAGGCCCACCAGCUAGUGGAGUGAGCUGGUGGGAAGAGGUGAUAAAAUAUUAAUUCUUCAAGGAAUUUCAAGUGUUUUUAAAGAUAUUAGUCUAUGGUCGAAAUAAUGGUUUCAGUGCCUCAACAGUGAAAUAAUAAGUUUGCUAUAAAAGGAGCAAGGAUCACAGAACAUUAAAUAUUGAAAACACAGUUCCCUGAAUUCCAAACCAUCUUGUGAACCAAAACACGCUAACGUUUUGGAUAGUCAGUUUUUUUUAAUCAGAAAAAAAGAGACAGUGUAAAUCGAGCAUUAGAUAAAGCAGACUUUUAAAAAUGUAUGGAUGCAUUUUUCUAUUGCUUUUAUGAAUGAACAGUGACAAUGACAUGUGAUACAAGAAAUAUACUGUCCAUUUUGUAUAUUGACACACUUUAUGGUGAAAUGUGGGGCCCAAAUUAUUUUUAUUCCUAUAGAAAUAUAAAGUAUAUUUCAUUUAAUUGUGCUCUGGAUUAGGAGAUGUAGUGGAAUGGACUGCAAUACUAUUUUGAGGUCAAUCAGAUCUUGUUUGGGUGUGCUUUCCUCUUGACUGUUUCAUGUGUAUAAUGGUUUUUUAUUUCAAUUGUAUUUUUAAUUAAAAGAUCACCAGAUCACCUGGUUUUUCGCAGUCCCAAAUGCCAUAAAGUAAACCUUGUGUUUGGAAUUCUUCAUUCUAUCAUUCUUUGACAGUUUUAAAUGUAUUCAACACAUUUUUUGCAAACAUGAUGCAUUCAUAGUUAUAGUCUUUUUUUUUCUUCUUUUUUUUUGCGACUGACUUGUAAUUUAACAUUCCUGGCUAUUCCACUGAAUAAAAUGCACCUUAUGGCAUAUGAAAUGUAUUUAUGCUUUCACACUGCAUAGCCAUUUUGUAAAUUCUAUAUCCCUUUUCACUCGCCAUCUAUAAAAUUAAUCAGAUUUUUUUUUUUUGCUUUUUUAUCAGCCCUUCCUUUGAAAAUCUUUUAUUUCUUUUAGAAUGCAUAAAUAUGUGUAUGCAAUAUUUGGUUUUAUCGUGUGUGAGCUAUUUACUGCACUGAUUUGCCCUUGUCUCAUGAUGGAAACUGCAUGGACUUUCACUGCCCCUUGUUAUGUCAUUGGUUCCUAUCGUUUUCUGUCAUGCAAUCAUGUGGUAAAAUAAACGCAAACAACUCUGAA